AUGUGGAUGACUCGUAAUGCGCGUCAAAUGAAGAAGCGCAAAGCAAUCCCUGACGAUACAGUCAACCAAGGCAAGAAAGCGAAGCUAGAAGAUCCAACUACUACUUCAGUGCCACCGCAGCCAGUACAUCACCAUACGCAUCCACAUCAGAUAGCCACCGCGCCACCACAACAGCUUCCGCAAAUUUCUGCUCAGUGCUCGCAACGCCCAAUGCAGCAGCAGAAUUCACAGCCUCGUACAGAA